GCGAACUUGGCUCCGUUUUAGCUUUAAUUCAAUUGCAUAUAUAGGUUGCAUUAAAUAGCCUAUUUUAUUCAUUUUCAAAAUUAAGCUAGUGAAGGCAUGUGGAUUCUAACUAUAAAUGUUUAUGAUAUUAAUGGUUUUCAGAAAAGUAAGACCAGUUUAAAAUUAUAAAUUUAAAUAGCCUAGUAAAUUAAAAAAUUAAUCAUUUAGACAUUCAUUAUUUCUUUUUUGGAAUAGCGACAAUUUAAUAAAAUGUGGUCGUGUUUAGUCACAUCUAUAUUAAUUGUUUGCCUCCUCGCUGAAACAUCUGCUCACUCAUUUGAGACUGAGGAGAUUGUACCUGUAAGGCUGACUGGAAGGACCGCAGGACGAGUGGCCAAGAGGAGCGAAGAACAGCCCAGUUUUAGUCUCACGGCUUUCGGCAGGAAUUUCACACUUAAUUUGACACCGGACAGCACCUUUAUAUCGCCAGCACUGAAGGUUUAUCGCAUCAAAGCCAAACCACAAGAAAGACUUGAGUCCACUGGCAAGCUGACAGAACUUUAUAAGUCCUUGAAUCAAACUGAAGAGACUGGAGCAGAAUUAUUAAAAGGUUGCUUUUACACCGGCGCUGUUGACUCCGAUGAGGACUCUAUCGUCUCUGUCAGUUUAUGUCAUGGGAUUUUAGGAUCAUUUAUCACAGACGGUAAAGAAUAUCUAAUCGAACCAAAACUUCUCGGCUUGAGAACAUCUGGAAAGUUAACCGAGCAGCUGCAUGUCAUUAAAAGAAGACGUUUUACAAAGUCUCCGCAGGUCUCUAAACCGCUGUCAGAUAUAAGAGAUGAUGAUCAGGAUUCGAUGUCUAGACGCAGGCGCUUUGUCUCUACUCCCAGGUUUAUUGAGACUUUGGUGGUCGGUGACGCUUCUCUGACACAUUUCUAUGGAGACGAGAUCAAGCACUACACGCUGACCUUGAUGUCAGUGGCUGCUCAGAUUUUCAAGCAUCCCAGCGUUAAGAACUCCAUCAACAUAGUGCUUGUGAAGAUGCUGAUCGUGGAGGACGAAGAGGUUGGGCCGUCCAUCUCCAGCAAUGGAGGCGUCGCUUUGCGCAACUUUUGUGCCUGGCAACAGCUCUUCAACCCACCCAGCCACAGGCAUCCGGAGCACUUCGAUACAGCCAUACUUUUUACUAGAGAGGACAUCUGUGGACAUCAGAGCUGUGACACGCUGGGUGUAGCUGAUGUUGGAACCAUGUGUGACACCAAAAGGAGCUGUUCGGUUAUUGAAGACAACGGCCUUCAGGCUGCUUACACGACUGCACACGAGCUAGGCCAUGUUUUGAGUAUGCCUCAUGAUGACACUAAGAACUGUGAGCAGCUGUUUGGACAUCUAGGCGAGCACCAUAUCAUGGCCCCUGUAUUCACUCAGCUCAGUAAGACCUUGCCUUGUAAGACCUUGCCUUGGUCUCCCUGCAGUGCUUUGCACGUCACAGAGUUUUUCGACAAUGGACAUGGAGACUGUUUACUGGACACCCCUGAGACGAUAUUGGCUUUACCCACUGAGCUGCCAGGCAUAACUUACAGCCUAGACCGCCAGUGCCAACAGAUAUUUGGAGAGGAGUUUUCACAUUGUCCCAACACCUCAGCCAGCGAGGUGUGCAGACAGCUCUGGUGCCAGCAAGAGGGUCAGUCUGUGUGCACAACCAGGAACGGGAGUCUUCCCUGGGCAGACGGCACAAGCUGUGGCCCCAAUAUGACCUGCCUGAACAGCGUAUGCAUGUCCUCUGAGGAAGUCAUGAGGCCUAAGCCGGCUGUGGAUGGAGGCUGGGGCGAGUGGGGAACAUGGCAACCGUGUUCCAGAUCAUGUGGAGGUGGAGUGAUGUUCUCCUACCGAGAGUGCAGCCAUCCAUCUCCUCAAAACAGCGGAAAAUAUUGUGUGGGCCAGAGAGUGAAGUAUCAGUCCUGCAACAAACAGACCUGUGAGAAUAACCAAGGAAAAAGUUUCAGAGAGGAACAAUGUGAGAAGUACAACAAUCCAAAUCACUUUGAUGUUCAUGGAAAUGUGAAGCAGUGGAUACCAAAAUACGCUGGAGUGUCGUUACGGGAUAGGUGUAAACUGUUUUGCAGAGCAAGAGGCAGCAGUGAAUUCAGAGUGUUUGCAGCUAAAGUAAUUGAUGGAACCCCAUGUGGUCCAGAUACCACAUCAUUUUGUGUGCAAGGCCAGUGUAUCAAAGCCGGUUGUGACCUGGAGAUCGAUUCUAGUAAGAAGCUGGACAAAUGCGGCAUGUGUGGAGGGAAUGGCCAGAGCUGCAGGAUGAUAUCUGGCUCAUUCAAUAAAGUCGUUCAUGGAUAUAGAGACAUUGUGACGAUUCCAAGUGGAGCCACUAACAUUAACAUCAAACAGCAGAGCCAUGGAAGUAUACCACAUGAUGGACAUUACCUGGCUGUACGAAGAGAAAAUGGUGAUUAUAUCUUGAAUGGCAACUUCUCGGUGUCCACAGUGGAGCAGUAUAUUCCAGUGCUGGGGGCUGUGCUGAAAUACAGUGGCUCGGCCACCACACUGGAGAGACUUCAGAGCUUCCGCCAGCUACAGGAACCAAUCACAAUACAGCUGCUCUCUACCGCUGGGGAAUCCAUCCCACCGAAGGUCAAAUACACCUUCUACAUCCCCAAAACCAUGUCUUUUAGCAAACCCAAAGACAAAAAGAUUGCUGGCAAACUUAUUCAUCCUUUUGGGGUGCCACAGUGGGUCUCGGGCGAGUGGUCUGAAUGCUCCAAAACGUGUGGUUCAGGAUGGACCAGGAGAAAUGUGGAAUGUCAAGACAAUGCUGGCUUCUAUUCAAAUCACUGCAAUACAGAUCUCAGACCCUCUGAUAUCAGGCCCUGCGCAGACCUGCCAUGUCCCAUAUGGCAAAUAGGGCCUUGGUCUUCAUGCUCACAAUCUUGUGGCCAUGGGGAACGCCAGCGUAGGAUUCUCUGCAUUGAUUACGCUGGAAAGAUUGUGGAAACGGAGAACUGUGAUCCUGCCAAGAUGCCUGAAUCAGUAUCUGAAAAGUGUUUCUACCAAGAGUGUUGAGGACAUCCUGCAGGCUUUCAAAUUAUUCAGAGGUGAUAAGACACUCCUGUGAAAGAAUAUUUGACCGUGCUUCAGGUUGGAGCAGGAAAUAUUCAUGCUUUAGAUGGAAAAUUUGUUGAGCUUUCAUGAAUGUUGCACAGACUGAUCACUUGGCCUUUGGUUUUCCAGAUAUAUACAUGUAUAUUUAUAACCACUAUUGAAGUUUGAUCCAAUAGAUAUCUACCUCAGCAAGCAAUGCUUUAUUGCAGUUUCCCUAACUUCUGUCUCCUAAUUGCUUUCUUAGAGCAUUACACAUAAAUUAUUUUCAAGUAUGUCAUAUUUAAUGAUUCUUAACAAUACAAAAACACACCGAUUGGCUAAGACUUAACAUUCAUCUCAGGCUGACAUUAUUUUAAAUUAGUUCCAACUUUUUUGUUUUUGUACAUUCAAAUGUACUAAAAAUUCAGUUUUUAAAUAAAUUUGGAAUUACAAAAUGGAAUUAUUUUAACUUGGAAUGGGAAAAUCUUACUAGGAACUGUCACUUGCUAAGCCGCUAUAAAGGUGCUAUCAUUCUUUUUUAUUGAUUUACUUUGUGAUUGGGUCAGUAAUUUAGAUCAUUUUUAUUUACAAACCUUGGCUUGCAUUUAUUAGUGGCUUAUUUUCACUUUCAGAGUUAAAGAGUAUCAAAAACACUUAAUAGAGCAUGAUCAUAUAAAUCUAUUAGAGCUAUUUUCAUGUAUAUUUAAAACUGUAUCAGAGGUAAACAGUGGUUGAGCCUAAUUUAUAUUCUGAAACUUUAAUAAUUACAGGUAAGUGUUAGAUCUAGCUUUUGAAAAUUCCUCAACAAACAUAAUGUUUGUGUCCAUUCAGAGGGUUGUAUAACUUACUAUUUACUAUCGCUGUUCUUUGUAUUAAACACUGUUUUAUUUGUUAACUGCUAUGUGAAUGAAAACCUGGAUGUUUGGAAACAUCAGUCCUUCCAGGGUUUUCAUACUCCAUGAGUGGAUAUAUCUGAAAGCUUGAAAGAACUGUGUAGAUGUGAACGAUAUUAAGAAAAAAAAAACAGUACAGCAUGAAACUAAACUGAGAAAUAGUUAGUGCUCCAUUAAAAUGAUUGUAUAUGAAUGUUAAUAUGGUAUUGACCAUUCCAGGUGUAUACAUUAGUCAUAUUAGUCAUAUUAAAAAUGCGACAACACAUAUUAUCCCUUCAGUGAAGGAUUGUACUUUGUUACUUCUUCAUUGUAAAGCUAUUUAUUUUUGUACAUUUUAUAUUGUGUAAAAUGGAUAGAAAUUAUGCAGAGU